UCAAUGUGACAUUUCUGUCAUCUUGAAAUACAAACAGUUUAUGGAUUUUAGUAAAAUUAUUUUAUUUAUUUCGUUAUUAAAUGGCAGCAAAAUUUUUACAUCGUUGGCGUAGUUCGACUGCGACUGGUUGGUUGCAAAUAUUUCAUUAUAGUAAAGGGGCAAAACCUGCGCAAAAAGAAGCGGUAGAUCCUGCGAACAGACCCCCGGAUCGUCGCAUUUUCAAAGUGUACCGUUUUGCCGGGAUCGCCUCAGGCCAGAAACCUAAGGUACAAUCAUUCGAAUUCGACAUCACAAAAAUUGGUGGCAUGGUUCUCGAUGCCCUAAUCAAAAUAAAGGAAAUGGAUCCGACGGUUACUUUCAGAAGAUCAUGUCGUGAAGGUAUUUGCGGCUCUUGCGCCAUCAACCUCCAGGGUAUUAACUGCCUGGCGUGCAUAACGGCGAUACCAAAAGAUAAAGUUAUCACUAUACUGCCGCUACCACACAUGUACGUCCAGAAAGACUUGGUGGUCGAUAUGACACACUUUUUUCAACAAUAUAAUAGUAUCAGGCCCUAUCUUGUGCGUCCAGACCCCCUGGCCAUGGGCAGAACGCAGUAUGCUCAAAGUAUCAAGGACAACAGUAAGUUAGUUGGUUUGUACGAGUGCAUUUUAUGCGCUUGCUGUUCGACAUCGUGUCCCAGCUACUGGUGGAACGGCCGCAGGUUCAUGGGACCUGCGUCUUUGUUGCAUGUUUACCGAUGGGUGAUAGACUCGAGGGACGGAGAUACCGAUCGGAGGCUGUGGGAAGUCAGAGAUGACUUUAAAGCGUUCAGGUGUCACACUAUAAUGGUCUGCAUGUUGGUUUGCCCGAAAGGCUUGCAUCCAGCUCGACAUAUUUCAAGUUUGAAGCGGUUAAUAUCGAAAGUGGAGAAAAAGCCGGCGCCGGAAAUGGAUCCUUUGGCGUUUUCCAAUGUAGGUUUAAAAUCGGCUUCUUCUUGUGGCCCAUCUGCUGGCGGAGGUGGGUGUAAAAGCAAGUGAAUCAAUAUAUUUUUUAGUUAAGCGCUUGCUUAUAUUAAAAUGCUUUU